UUUUUUCACGCCUAAUUCUUCUACCCAUUCAUUCUUUAUUUUUCAAAACAUAAACUUAGUCAACUAUUAAUAAAAUAGGUUACAAUAUUAAAACUACUUAUUUUUUUGGUACAACUUUCUCAUUAUUUAUUGUCAUCUAAUUUGGCAAAGGUGGCAACUGGAAGUUUGUGAAUGAAAAAGAAAUUGAAAAAGUUGGUAGAAGCUAGAAAGCAUGGGAGAUGUAGUAGAAAAUAGAGAAUGGUACUUAGCUGCAUAUUGUCCUGAAGGUGUUCCAACUUCAGAACAUCUCAAAUUCCGCACUGUCUCUCUUUCAAUUGCAUCUGAUUCAAUCCCUCAUAAUCAUCUCGCCGUUGAAACUCUCCUUCUUUCCGUUGAUCCAUAUCUUCGUGGAAGACUCACCGGUACCCUCGAAGGCCUUUUUAUUUCACAGUAUCAACUUAAUCAGGUGAUUACAGUAUUCGGAGUUGUGAGGGUGAUUAGAUCGAAGGAUAGUAAAUAUAAUGAGGGAGAUAUUCUUUUGAAUCGAUCUGCUCCUGUUGCUGAGUACAGUAUUGUUCCAUCUUCUGACAUUGCUAGAAAAAUUGAUGCUACAAUUGGGAUUUCAUUAUCGGAUUAUCUAGGUUCUUUAGGAAUACCGGGAUUUGCAGCAUGGGUGGGGAUAGAGGUACUUGGAAAGCCAAAGGUAGGAUCAAAUGUGUUUAUAUCUGCCGCUUCAGGUGCGGUGGGUAUAAAUGCUGGACAGCUGGCUAAGAUUAGAGGAUGUAGGGUCAUUGGUAGCACUGGCUCUGAUGAUAAGGUGAAGCUCAUUAAAGAGGAAUUUGGAUAUGACGACGGAUUCAACUACAAUUCGGAAUCAGAUUUUGAUGCCGCUUUAACAAAGUAUUUUCCCGAUGGUAUUGAUGUUUACCUUGACAACGUUGGUGGUAAAAUGCUUGAAGCUGUACUUAACCAUGUCAACAAGUAUGCUAGGAUACCACUUUGUGGGAUGAUAUCUCAAUAUAAUAAGGUUUGGACUGAAAGAGAAGGUGUCAGGAAUCUUCUGAAUAUGGUUGGAAAGGAGGUGAGGAUGGAGGGUUUUAUGUUAGAAUCAUAUUGGCAUCGUUUUGGAGAUUUUGCUAAAGAUAUGGAAAGGUACAUUCAAGAAGGCAAGGUUAAGUCAAAGAACAAAAUUAAUAUAGGAAUUGAAAGCUUUUUGGAGAGCUUAAACUCCUUAUUCUCUAGCUCUAACAUUGGAAAAGUUGUUGUUCAAGUUAAGGCAUAGUGCCCAAAUUGUUGCUAUAUAUAUGGGCUUGAUAAUAAUGUGAAUUAUUUGAGCACAAUAUUCGCUGAACCAUGUUUUUCAUAUUUUAGGCCUUUUGUUUGAAACUUUUCUAAGAUUGGAUAAGUAAUAAACUCAAUGUGAAGGUGAAAUUUAAUAUUAUUAUUAGAGCUAUAUAUAUAUGGAUGGGGGUCCACGGCCCAACCUGUGUAACUA